AUGAUGUAUCCCUACGGCACCCUGCCUGUGCAACCGAACACUUCGCAGCCACAAUACCUCCAGCACUCGACGACGCCCACCCAGCAGCCUGCCAGCACGUGGUCGGUGGCACAAACCGAUAUGACUGCCGCCACUGCCUCUCCGACUCGCCCCAGCGCUAGUGCGCCAGCCUGCCCCUCGACCCAGCUUGGCCCGGGCCAGAUGUAUCCCGAGUACAACUGGCAAAACACGUCUGGAUCGAGUGACUACUACUCCGUUCCCGCCAUGUACUCGAACUCUUGGUGUCAAAAGCUCUGCGGUGAAAUGGACUUCCCUAACGUGGACCCAGACAUGCCCGACUUCAACCCCGGCCUGAUGAGCCAUGACGAAGACUCGCCCAUUAUCGACUUGAGGCAGUACGGUGGCAUGGGCAACUACAUGCAAGACUCGACCCGCAGGUACUCUGACAACGUCGGCCCCAUGCCUAACAGCGGCCUCAUGCCAGACAUGUCGACCUACGAGGAUCUGUCCGAGUCAGAGACCGUUUCUUAUGCUGCAUCCGACUACGACUGGAGCGGCCUAGACACGCAGACGCACCUCCUGUCCCCUCUGACUUCGCCUGGCAAGCAAGACCACAACAGAUCCGGCAGCCGCUCGCGGAACUCUCCUGGCCCUGCGUCCCAUCACUCCUACAACAACUCGCGGACGUCCCCUUACACGCUGGACAGCAACCGGUACAAGCGCUGGUCGACGGGCGUCGCGCCGACGUCCACUCCCGCGCCCGCACCCGCUCACUCAGUCCACCAGGCCCAGGACAGGUUUAUGACCUACGGACAGCAGCUCAACCCCCACCACUCACUCCCGGCCUACCCGACCAACACUAUGACCAGCCACCCGACCCAGUCGCAGUACAUGCUUUCCCCGCAGCCGCAAAUGCAGUCCAACGCCGUCUCGUACUUUCCUUCCCCCGAAAGGCCGUAUUCGCUGGAAGUGCCGCGCCCGGUCCCGUCCCAGGGCAUGUACCGCCUCCUUCAAAGCAACGACCACCAACAUCCGGGCUGCUCCGCGCAUUUUGCCGACUUCGCCGAUCCCCCGGACCUCUACUCUUCCCUGCACGAGGAGCCUUGCGACCCCCCUGAGGAGGACAUGAACCCCUCGGACCCCGAUAUGGUGCCGAAGGAGCAGGACCUGCGCUUCGCCGGCGACUUGUACACGCCGAAAUGGGUCAGAGGCCAUGGUAACAAGCGCGAGGGUUGGUGCGGUCUGUGCAAGCCCGGCCGCUGGCUCGUCCUGAAGAACAGCGCAUUCUGGUAUGACAAAUCUUUCACUCACGGUGUGAGCGCGGCAACUGGCGCGGCUUUCCAAGGGCCGCAAGAGACUCGCCGCACCGAAGGAAACCUUGAUGUGUGGGAAGGCCUCUGCGGCAGCUGUGCGGAGUGGAUACCGCUGGUUAGCAGCAAAAAGAAGGGGACGACGUGGUUCAGGCACGCCUACAAGUGUCACACCCACCCCAAAGUCAAGGAUGGCCCGAAACGGCGCCGCGAGACGUCUAAUCAAGUUCGCAAUCGCGCCGGCUCCAACCCGUCGCCCAGGCAGCAGAAAGCCCCACACCCGAGUAGCGCCGGCCCGAUGCACCAGGAGCCGCCUUCAAGGUACCCGUUUGGGCCGGGCGCCGAGUCCAUGGACACGGCAAGCUCCAGCGCCGGCUCAACACCGCGCAGUAAAUGGCCCUCCUCCUCGGACAAUGACCUAGUUGGAAUACCGCGGUCUGCGGGGAAGGGGGGAUUCGGAGGCUGGCCGAACGCGGUCUAA